GAAAAGAAGACGUCAUGCAGCCCUCUAACGUCUGUUGGUCCUUGAUGAUAUGGAUGGUCCAGCUGGCCUUGAUGUUUCUCACUAUUCAAGGUGGGGUCAUAUCUGUAUAGAAUCAGAAUCCUAUUUCUUUGCAUCUCUGUCUACAGACGGUGGUUUGAAGCUUACACUACUACAGUUUAUGGGUUGAAUUGACGGUGUUGUCUCCUGUAUUUGUUCACCUUGGUCAUUAACAUUAACUCCAUUUUGUCUCCACCUCUUUCAGCUCAAAGCUGCACCAAACCCAUAGGAGGGCCAAACAUGGUUUUGUCAGGUGCCUUCAUCGCUCAAGAGACAUUUGUAGACAGAGCAAAUGUCACUUUUGACUGUACAAUUGGAUAUGUCCAUGCAGGAGGGUCUCGUACAGUCACCUGUACUGCUGGCGUGUGGAGUGAAGUGAAACUGAUAUGCGAAAGUAAUAUAAUUGUUUUUGUUCUUUAAAGUUAUGCCAUAUUCUUGUAAAUGUUUCCAGUUUUUAGUUACCCACUCGCAACUUGAUAUAUUCAUUGCCCAUCCAUAGAUCUUCUUGAAAUACUAGCCUGGAAUUCGGACCUGUUUUGUGCUAACAUUCAACUCUUUGCCACUGUCAUUUUGAAAGUCUGACUGGUUUUCUCUAUGGUUGUUUCAGGGAAGUCGUGUGGCUCCCCAGGAGAAGUGAUGAACGGCCAUUAUGAUCUCUCUGAGGGGAUCUUGUUUGGCGACAAGGUUGUUGCUACCUGUAACACUGGGUCAGUGCAAGGCUAUUUGCUUCACCCCCCCCCCCCCCCCCCCCCCCCCCCGAAUGCUUUCUUGAGUGUUAGAUGUGAUUUCUUAGUUAACAUGGCAACUGUCAUGUUUCUCAAAGCUGUCCAUUUGUAGGCCUAUUUUUUUGAUUUCCAAAUAGGCCUUACUCAAACUUCCCCUCCCUAAAAGUUAAACUUUUAUUUAUUUUUUAUGUUUUGCAUAUUAUCUGUUGUUACCAUUUUGAUCAGAGCUGUGAACGGUCUCUGUUGUAACCCUUGUUGUCCUAAAAGCAAAGCUCCAAAUACUGUCUCAUAUUGUCUAAUCUUUCUAUUUUUCAGCUAUAUGCUUGUGGGCAGCGGUGUAAGGACCUGUAUGGACGGAGGCUGGGAUGGCAGAGUUCCUGUAUGUGAAGGUUAGUAAUCUGAAGGAGCAUGUCAAGUGAAAAUAACAAUAACUUUAACAGUUCUGUGCUUGUGCCUAAAUCAAAACUCUUCAUAACUGCUGUUGUGCUCUAAUCUGCAGUGGUGAAGUGUGGAAAGCCCCCCACCAUUGUCAACGGUGGGCCUGUUGUCCCACCUGAAGAGACGUAUAACUAUGGAGAUGUAGUGCAAUAUGGCUGUGAGAAGGAUUACACUCUGGUUGGAACUAAAUCCAUAACCUGCUCUGAGAAUGGAGAAUUCCAGCCAGCUCCACCUGAGUGUAAAAGUACGUUGAAAGCUUGCCUUUUUUCCAAUUCUAAGUAUGGUUGUUAACAAAAUAUAGAACUGCUCACAUGAACUGCUUACACCAGGGGUAACAAACUCAUUCCAUGGAGGGCCUAGUGUCUGAUGGUUUUUGGUUUUUCCUUUCAAUUAAGACCUAGACAACCAGGUAAGAGGAGUUCCUUACUAAUUAGUGAUCUUAAUUCAUCAAUCAAGUACAAUGGAGGAGUGAAAACCCGCAGACACACGGCCCUCCAUGGAAUGAGUUUGAAACAUGUGGCUUACACUGAUCAAAUCUAUUUGGCCUUCCACUUUUUUCCUCCAAUCGUGUUCCAGAUGACCUCUGAAAGAUAAAUGUAUAAAUAUCACAGUAUCUAGCCUAAUAAAAUAGAACAUAAGCACAGAUGUGCAUGAAACAGGCUAAGCAAGCAGUCUAAAACAUGUAUAAUAUGUAGGCCUAUUCUAAAAACCAUGAUGCAACAUUAAGCUCAGAGGAAGUGGUUUACAAUAGAAUCUACCCUAUUUAUUUGUUAGAUAAUGAUUAGUUGCAGGAUUCAUAAAUGGGUGAUUAUAACAACAUUGUUUAUUGAUUCAAGUAGUCUAAAACCAAUAAAUAAUAUACUUGGGUCACCUUGUUCACCUCAAAACAGUAGCUAAUGACAUCUCUCUUUGUUUAUGUCUGCAGUGGUCUCAUGUCCUCCUCCUGUUGUUGAGAAUGCCGUUCGGAUUGAAGGCCGUCCCCCCUAUACGUACAGGUCUUUUGUGGCAUAUAAGUGCAACGCUGGAUAUGAGAUGGAGGGACAAGCCAGUCUGACCUGUGAAAUAGAAGGCUGGUCAGCUCCUUUCCCUACAUGCAGA